GAUUAUUUACAAAGUACCAUACCCUUAUUCGUACCUCUGACGAUUCGGUUUAUUGGUUUUUACAGACUAUAGACUAAUUUCUUCAGGUCUGGAAACAUUGGUAUAAGUCUUUAAAUUGAGGCGAAAAUGGUUGAAUUGAAAGAAUAACUCUUUACAAUAAAAAAAUAAAUAAUGGGGAGCGUUGACGAAGAAACAUUAUGGAAACAUUGGAUGUAUUUGAAGAAUGAACUUCAUGUGGAAGCUCUGUUAGUGGAAUUGGUAAAAUCGGGUGUGUUUACUGAACACCAACAGAAUGAGAUUUUACAUGUGUCUCCUAACACCAGACAGAUGAAAGCAGAAAAAUUUCUAAAAGUAUUAAUACAAUCCGGAGAGAAAGGCUUUGAUGUUUUCUGUGAGAUUCUGAGAAAAAAUAGCGACAACAGAUACCAAGCUGUUAUAGACAAACUUAACAUAAGUACUACACCAGGUGAAGCCACUGGAGCAUCAGGUACAGCAACCACAGUAAAUAAUAAUGUACAAUUCAGACCUGAAUCCUCAGCAUCAGCUGCAUCUUCUACAAGUUUAUGCAGUCUUCCGAGCCAUGACGGAGAAACAGGAGAGAAAAACUUAAAACAAAACAAGUCUGCAAGGCGUGCAUGGCGCUCUGACGCUUCAAUAUCUGGAUCUGAAACGGCGAGACAACCACUGGCAACACCAAAUCAAGAGAAUCUCGACGUUUCUACAAUGGCACCCAACACCAAUAGAGUUGCGAAUAAUGAUGAACCUCAAGGAGCUGCAAGUAUUUCAGGCCAAUUUAAUGACAGACAGAACAGUAAUAUAGAUAUGCAAGUACUGGAACAAGAACUUUUACGGUUGGCACCAACCAUUGCCGACGUUUUUCAACGAAUAUCGCAAUCAACUGCCCAAGUACCUGUGAGCGAAGAAGACAUAAAAAAGGUUAGAGAGGACAACGAAAGACUUAGAAAAACAAACCGUACGCUGAUUGAAAAGUUAAAUAUAUUCCAGCAAAGAAUCAUAAGACUCCAACUUGAAAACAAAAAUCUUCGCGAGGAAGGAGAAGGUGCAAAUGAAGCCAAGAAAGACCUGGAAGAUAAAGCAAAUGAACUGGACGCCAUUGAAAAACGAAUUGAAAAUCAAAAAAUUGCACUGGAAGAAAAAGAAAAAGAGCUAAAAGUUCAACUGCUAAAGAUAGAAGAAAUUGAAAAUAACAUGUCGAAACAAAGACAUAAAAUACAAGAGCUGCACUCACUGUAUGAUGAAGGCGUAGAAGAAAGCUGUAAACAACAAGAUGAAAUUCAAAAACUACAAGAAGAGAAAGAAGUACAAGAUGCACAAAUAGGGCAGUUGGAAUACAAACAAAAAUUAAGUAAUGAGAGAAUGAGAGAUUUGGAAGAUCGACUGGAGCAACUAGAAAUUAGUGGAAGAAACCGACGUGGCGUAGGAUUAAGAAGAAGCAAUCCUAGAGCGGCUUCCAAACGUAUGCUUGGAAUGAUGUCAGAUUAUAAUUAACCCGUAUGUUAUCAUUCUUGUUGUCUAUUUGUUAUGUGGUCUUAAACUG